AUAAAGUAUUUUAUGAUGAGACCAUCAAGUUGAUAAUUGUUUAUUGUGUGGUGGUGAAAGUGAUUGCAUCAAAAAAAGAAAGUGAUUGAGAUUUUUUAUUUUGGCUGAUUACAUUGAGCAGUUGGGUUUGAAUGCUUAUUUUCAGAGUCCCCUUUUUUGAGCAGCUAUCAAAGGAGUCUUUUCGUGUUUAGUAUUACCGGGUAUUGAGUUCUAGUAAUCGUGAUAUUGUUUUAUUCUUGUCCCAGACAUGGAUACUUCUGCUGGUCAAGGACUCUACCCGCUGCACCACUGCAAAACUCUUCAUUUGGUAAGGCAUGCACAAGGAUAUCAUAAUGUUGCAGGAGAGAAAGAUGUUAAGGCAUACUUAUCCUAUGACUAUCUUGAUGCUAGCCUAACUUCUCGUGGAUGGGAGCAGGUGGAUAACUUGCGGAAACAUGUCCAAGGAAGUGGACUAUCCAAGAAAUUUGAUUUAGUAAUCACAUCUCCUUUGACAAGGACCAUACAAAAUGCAGUAGGAGUUUUUGGAGGUGGUAGCUAUAAUGAUGGUGUAGAUAUUGCACCCCUGAUGGUGGCAGACGCAGGGAACAGUGGUCGACCUGCAAUUUCAAGCUUUGGCUGCCCUCCUUUUCUAGCAGUUGAAUCUUGUCGAGAUCACUUGAGAGUCCAUCCAUGCAACAAGAGGAGGACUAAGAGCGAAUACGAAACUCUCUUUCCUGCAAUUGAUUUCUCAUUGAUUGAAAAUGACGACAUAUUGUGGAAGGAGGAUGUAAGGGAAACAGAUGAAGAACUUGCAGAAAGAGGAAUGAAGUUCUUGAAAUGGCUAUGGACCCGGAGUGAAAAGAAGAUUGCUAUUGUCAGCCAUAGUGGCUUUCUGUUUCACACACUCAGUGCUUUUGGAAAGGAUUGUCAUCAAGUGGUGAAAGAUGAAAUUUGUAAACAGUAAGUGUUGUACUGCCUUUCCAAACUGUUUGAUGAUGUACUUUAAAUUGUUGUAUAGCUUAGAAAUUUUUUGUUUUCUUUGACCUUCUACCUUAGAGACUAAACAGUUUCGAAACUACUUGUAAUACAUACUCACUUUGUUUCAGAAUAAUUAACACAAUCAAACUCGGCACAUAUGCAGCUAAUGCAUUAGUUUGACCUUAAAUGUAUAUAAUCUAUAUGUUAGUGAAAAAUAUAAUUUUUUUU